AUGUCGUUGGUGCAAUACUCCGACUCUGACUCCGGCAGCGAAGAAGGUGCAAACUCACCAGCCCAGAAGCCUAAGGCUGUGUUAAAGCGCAAGCGCAGCAGCGAACCCAGCAAUGACGACCUCCCGCCGCUCCCGGCUGCAUUCCAUGAUCUCUACUCUACCAAUGCGCGCGUCAGCACACGCGACGACCCCAACCUGCACGGCGGUCGUAAGCGGGCAGUCCCUCACGUGGAAGGGGUCCCUUCACAGACAGAGUCUGACAGCCUGCACAGCUUGAUACAGACUAUCAAAGAUUCUAUCAAAGAUAAGAACAAGGAGCGUGCAAAGCCACUUCCUGUUCCUGACAUCAUACCUUCUCUGCAGUCAGAUUUGGGCGCACCGUUGCCAUUACAUGUCUCGCUGUCGCGGACGCUACAAAUCAAGACUAACGACCGGGAACAAUUUCUUGAAACCUUGAACAACUCCUUGCGAAGAGCCGCAGUCCAAGCCUUCCACUUCGAAUUUCACAGUCUGAAGUGGGUGCCUAACUUUGAGCGGAACAGAUGGUUUUUGGUACUCUCCAUCAAGAAGCCGACACACAAUGAGUUGAACAAGCUCCUCCACGCGUGCAACGAGGCUGCGCAAAAAUCCGGACAUCCAGCUCUAUACUCGGGCGGUAAGGGAGAUGGGCCGAUGGAAAUGAACUCGCCCACUGCGGGCUCGCGUGUCAAACACGAUGAGACUGAUCGCUCAGAAAACUUCCAUGUCAGUAUAGCUUGGAACCUCACAGAGCCUGACCCUGAAUGGGCAUCUCUGGUACAGAGCAUCGAUGUUGGCAGAUGUGUCCGCUCACCGCAGGCAUCAUUCGACGUCAUCAAAGCCCGGGUCGGGAACGUGGUCCACAACUUUGAUCUAGAUACACGGAGAAGUAGUCUAGGUACAGAGCGUGGGUCUCUGGGUCUGGGGUAA